AUGUCGUGCAGAUACUAUGCUCUAUCUGAUUGCUGUAAAGUGUGCCUCUGUCAUCUGCCUGCUCUAGGUACGCAUUUAGAACGGAGAAAAGAGCCGGAUAUUAUCGUCAACGAAGAUGAUGUUCUACACGUCUACUGGGACAUUACUUCUGAAACAGAGGUGCAAGUGUUGCCACAAGUGCAGCCUUGGCCGCCGCUUGCACAGGUACAGCCUGAUCCGCAGUCACAGCCCAUGCUGGCUCACUCUUCACCUUAUCACCCCUAUAUCGCCUCCGACGACCCCGAUUCUCUUCCCUUGGUAGACAUUCCCGACUCCUCCGUUGCAACCCUUGCUCCAUCUGGCCGCCGCCGCCGUCGUCGUUCGAGUAGUCCCCUUGGUUCCGCAACGGCGGGGGUUACACUUCCCACACGCGAGGCCGCUACCCUCCCAAGUCGAUCGGAUAGUCGGUCACCCUCCCCCAAGCGCAGGCGCCUGGCAACCAUGCGUCCCGAUGGAAUCAAAACAGAAAAUGGCGUCUCUGAGGCCUCAAAUGGGUCCUUCCCGUCGACUCCGAGGAAAGUUGGUCUGAACGGGUCAAGCUCCAACGGGAGCUCCCAUACGAACGGUUCAAAGAAGCCGAGCUCGACCUACUACGGACAUAACCGGGAGGAGGUGUCACGGAUUCUGAUCCAAAGUCUCUAUGAGCUGGGCUAUACAGAAUCGGCAUCCAAAUUAAUAUCCGAGAGUGGUUAUGAGCUGGAAACGUCGGGCGUCGCAACCUUCCGAAAUGCGGUAUUGGGCGGAAGAUGGUCGGAGGCUGAGAGAAUCUUACUGCACUCAUUUCGAAAUAUUGGGUUACAACCGGAAGACCACAAAUUUGUACCAGAGGAGACUCUGGUAUUAGCGGAGGAUGCUGACAUGAAUGAGAUGCUGUUUUAUCUCCGGCAGCAGAAGUUCCUGGAACUACUCGAGACUCGCGAUCUGGCGUCGGCACUCGGCGUCCUUCGGCAAGAGUUGACCCCGUUGAAUUUUGAUGUAGAGCGUCUUCAUGCUCUUUCAAGUCUUCUGAUGUGCCCGACCGAAAUUCUACACGAACAAGCAGGUUGGGAUGGGCCUGUCAGCUCAUCCCGAGAGCGGCUCCUCGGAGAGCUGUCCAAAUCUAUCUCUCCCUCCGUUAUGAUCCCCCAGCAUCGCCUUGCCCACUUAUUAGAUCACGUCAAGCACACGCAAAUUAACAACUGUCUAUAUCAUAAUACCGCCGAGCCCCCAUCGCUCUACUCUGACCACAUGUGCGACCGAAAUGACUUCCCUCUGGAAGUGAGCGCACGGUUGAGCCAUCACUCCGAUGAAGUUUGGUAUUGCGAGUUCUCUCACGAUGGCACCAAGUUGGUCACUGCCGGCAAGGAUCACCAUGUGCUUAUCUAUGAUACAAGCGAUUUUUCAGUUUUGAGACGACUAACCGAUCACGAUGAGGGUGUUGCCUUUGCUAGUUGGAGCCCAGAUGACUCCAAGUUGAUUACAUGCUCGCAAGACAAAAAGGCUCGCGUAUGGAGCGUCGAGACGGGCGUUUGUCUGCUUACCAUCAACCACCACCGCCAACCAGUCACGGCGGCUGCUUGGGCUGCAGACGGAGAAUCCUUCGUGACAGCAUCUCUUGAUGCUGAAUCUCAACUUCGGCACUGGAGCAUGCGGGGCCAACCCUUGCACUCGUGGAAAGGUGGAUUCCGCGUACAAGACUGUGCCAUCAGUGCAGAUGGACGACGUCUUGUUGCGGCUGACACCGAAGCUAAAAUCCACGUGUAUAACUUUAUGACUUACGAGGAAGAAUACUCUCUUCCGCUACCUAGCAAGCCGACCUCGGUUGCCAUCAGCCAGGAUUCACUCCAUGUGCUUAUCAAUCUAGCCGAGGGGGAGAUUCAACUGGUGAACAUGGAGACUACCGCCUUGGUUCGUCGAUUCAGAGGCCAGAAGCAGGGCGAAUUUGUCAUUCGCAGCACAUUCGGUGGAGCCGCUGAGAACUUCAUCGUCAGCGGAAGCGAAGACUCCAAAGUCUACAUCUGGCACAAGGAGAAUGGCAACCUCGUUGAGACAUUGGAAGGACACGAGAAGGGCUGUGUGAACUCAAUAUCAUGGAAUCCACGAAACCCAGGAAUGUUCGCCUCAGCAGGCGACGACGAGUCACUGGUCCCGAGAAAACAAUCGUUCGCGCCCAACAGGGCCUGUCCGUGGGCUAUCAUCAAAUGGGUUUACGCGGACGAGUGCAUUGAGAUCUACCUCGACUUACUGAGACCAUCACCAGACCAGACCUGA